AUGUAUAGGAAUAUCAAAGACGCCACAGGUAAAGGAGGAUGCACUAUUAGUGAAUGUAUAAGAGCUAAGAAUAGUGAUGUACUUAUGGAACAAGAACAAGUAUUGAAAAGAUGGACAGAGUAUAUUGAAGAUUUAUUCCAUGACACUCGUGAAGAAAAGCCAUCCAUUAAGAAGAACAUGGACGAAUUAAAAAUUCUUAAGUCAGAAGUACAGACAAUUAUUAACAUAAUGAAAACCAAUAAAGCUAAAGGACCAUAUGAAAUUGUAAUAAAGAAGAUAAGACGUUUGGAAGAAUUUAGUAUAGAAAAGUUAACAAUUAUUACCAACGAAAUUUGUGAAAACGGUAAAAUACCUGAGAAUCUCAGUAAACUUAUUUUUAUUGCGCUACCCAAAAGACCCGAAGCCAUUGAAUGUGAACACAAUCUAAUCAUUAAAUUAAUAAAUCACGUGACAAAGACCUUAUUAAAGGUAUUGGUGAUGAGAGCUAGAAGUAGAACAAGACGGGAGAUUGCAAAAGUACAAUGUGGUUUUAUUGUAGAUCAUGGUAUAAGAAAUGAUAUCUUCACGGUAUGA